UUUUUAAAAAAAAAAAAUUAUGACACAGGAUAACAAACUAGGGAUUUCUUUAAAUAAUGACCAUGAUAUUUUCAAGAAGCUUAAUUUUCCUCACUUAAAGAAAAGAGCUAUUUCGGUUGCCAUGGCAUCCCCUACGACAACAAUCACUAAAAAAAAGGAAAAAAAGAAGAAGUUAUUGGGCUCUCCUGCAGCUUCCUUUCUUGCUGGUUAUAUGAAUGAUUUAAUACAAGAUACCCAAGUCGUGGGCAUGGAAGAUUACAAGAUACUUGAUCUUAUUGGCUUUGGUGGGUUUUCCAUCGUGCAUAAAGUCUCCCAUCUACGUACACAUCAAUCGUUCGCUGUCAAAAUCAUUCAUCAUGCACUCAUGAAUCGUCUUGAAAAGUUACGACUGGGACGAGAACUGAGCAUCUGGAAAUCUUUACAUCAUCCACGCAUCCUGCAACUCGUCAAGAUCGUCCAAACCGACACACACACUUAUCUACUCUGCGAUUACUGCUCCCGUGGUACUCUCUUUAAACUUUUGCACAGUCAAGUUCGUUUCUCUGAAGCCAAAGCCAAAAAGAUCUUUAAACAAAUCUGUCAAGGCGUCUAUUAUUUGCAUGUCGACUGUCAAGUCAGUCAUAGAGACCUUAAGCUUGAAAAUAUCUUGAUCAAUGACCAAGGUCAUGUCAAGAUUUGUGAUUUUGGUUUCGCCGUCUUGUUGGACAACAUGCAACAAAAUCGGGACGAAUUGAUGGGAGGUUCAUUACCUUAUAUCUCUCCUGAACAUAUCUUAUCCCCCUCCCCUUAUUGCUACCCCAAAGAAGCGGAUAUUUGGGCGUUAGGCGUUAUCUUAUUUGCUCUUGUCACGGGCUAUUUACCCUUUGAUGAUGCCUAUGAACCUCGUCUACAACAAAAAAUACUACAGGCAGAUUACACCAUCCCCUCCUCUCUCUCUUUACCCUUGACCCAUUUGAUCCAUCAUUGUUUGAAUUAUCAGGUAAAUGAAAGGUUUACUAUUGAUCAGGUAUUAAAUUCUACUUGGUUAAAAAAUGUCUAAUGAUUAUCAUUGACCAAUCCAUCAUAACCAUAUGCACAAAUGCCUUGCAUGUAACAAGCCAGUACAAUCCCUGCGCCUACCUGAGACACAGGAUGCGUAAAUCUUGUAAAAAAAAGCCAAAACAUAAAAUA